GUCUCUCAUGUCCGAUUCCCGUAAUUGCUUAGACUCUCCCGCAGCCGGUUUUGCCGUAUCGACAUACCCAUACCCGCAGUCGUACCAGUACACGUGCUUCUUAGGCGUGCGACAACCUUUGGCCUUCUGGUCUACUCCUUCUUAGGCGUGCGACAACCUUUGGCCUUCUGGUCUACUCCCUCUUUUCGAAGGCACUGCCUCCUCAUCUCUUCCAAGAGUGUUUAAGUCUCUCAUCUUCCACCUCCCAUUUUGCCAUAUCCCCAAAAGGCUAUUUGUGCAAUUGUUCUUUGGUCUCUGAUUGCCAAUUGUAGUUCGUAAGGUACCACAUAGCGACAAAGAGGAACUAAAGGAAGGUUAGAAGGGAUAUUAUAGUUAUAAAAAGCAAGGAAAGAUGCCUGCCCACAAGAUUGAAAGUGGUCACAAUGACACAGUUCACGAUGUUUCCAUGGAUUACUAUGGAAAGCGCUUAGCAACCGCAUCAUCUGAUACCACUAUCAAAAUAAUUGGUGUUAGCAACAACUCGACUUCACAGCACCUCGCGACUUUAACUGGACAUCAAGGCCCUGUUUGGCAGGUUGCUUGGGCUCAUCCCAAGUUUGGAUCAAUCCUUGCUUCCUGUUCUUACGAUGGUAGUGUAAUAGUUUGGAAGGAAGGUAAUCCAAAUGAAUGGACUCAGGCUCAUGUGUUCACUGAACAUAAAUCAUCCGUCAAUUCAAUUGCUUGGGCGCCUCAUGAACUUGGUCUCUGCUUAGCUUGUGGAUCUUCGGAUGGGAAUAUAUCAGUUUUCACUGCCAGAUCUGAUGGUGGUUGGGACACCACCAGGAUAGACCAAGCCCACCCUCUUGGAGUGACCUCGGUUUCUUGGGCCCCAUCUAUGGCUCCUGGCGCACUAGUUGGAUCAAGCAUGAUGGAUUCUGUUCAGAAGCUGGCUUCUGGUGGCUGCGACAAUACUGUGAAGGUUUGGAAGCUUUAUAAUGGGAAUUGGAAGAUGGACUGCUUCCCUGCCUUGCAAAUGCACAGUGAUUGGGUUAGGGAUGUGGCUUGGGCUCCCAACUUGGGCCUUCCAAAGACUACUAUUGCAAGUGCUUCACAGGAUGGGACAGUGGUUAUAUGGACUGUCGCCAAAGAAGGUGAUCAAUGGGAAGGUAGAGUUUUGAAGGACUUCAAGACUCCAGUUUGGAGGGCGUCGUGGUCUUUGACAGGAAACUUGUUGGCUGUGGCUUCUGGUGACAACAAUGUCUCUUUGUGGAAAGAAGCAGUUGAUGGGGAGUGGCAACAGGUGACCACUGUUGAUUAAUAGUUUCUAGAUUUUUUGUUUUAUCUUCUAGUGCCAUUUCUGUCUUUUGGCAUUUUGAAGGAAUAUUUUGCUAGUUUUCAGUACCAUCUUUGUUAGAGUAUCUUUUCCUUUUUUGGGGAUAGUUUCGAUUGUAUGGGUUAAUGGGAUUGAUCGCUUAUGAUAUAUCGGAUUCUGGUGUGAAGGAACAAGAUUGCUAUAAUCCAUGUUUUUCCUUUC